UAGUCUCGUAUGGGACUUUAGUAAGUGCUUGGCUGAGCGUAAUUAGAUCAGCUGGGGGAUAUGGGGUAGGGGAAGAGAAGCUAAUGCAUUUGUUCAUUGUGUCUGGGGGUGGUAUAAAGAGGUACAGCGAGCGAUGGGAGGGAAAGCACGGAAAAUAAAACCCAACGCAAAAGAAUGGCCGACAACAAACUUGACCCUCCUUCAGCUCGAAGGGCAACCGCAACUCAAGGUCUAGGCUUGACUUCACUUCCUGCGCCAUUGAUCGAGCGCAAUCUUGCCAUUCAUGAGGAACUCAGUGAAAUGCACGCUCAAUCGGAGUCUACCGUGCCAUCAUGGAUCGACUCUCUCAUCGCAGAAGAACGUAUCCACGCUUACUACGCCCAGCUCGGCGUUUCUCUUUGCGAGCCCCCGGCUGUUGCCCACCAUGAUAUCGAGUCAGAUCUGGAGCAGCUCCGCCAAGUCGACUACGCUUCUACCACCAAGCAACAGCCGAAUGUCCGAUUCGCUGCUAGCUCGAAGAACCAGGUUUCUGCUUCACUGAAGCUCUUUGAGAGUAAAGUCGCCCUAGAUCAGACUAACAUCCGCCAUGAAACACCGCUGGAGCGCUUCCUCACGCCGGGAUACAGCGAUCCGUGCUUCUAUGCGCAGCCUGCACUAGCCCAGGCGGGCAUCCAGCUAGGGAGCUUGGAGGGGAAGGAGAAACGGAAGCGAAUGGCAAGGGAGAAUGUGGAGCGUGUCGUCUCUAGGAGGGUGGACUCGUCGCCCUAACACUGUUCUGGAUUGUCUCUCGUGUAUGUUCUCGAUCCGUUUUUUAUGCCACCGGAGAGACGUACUCUAUGCAGUACGCCGGACCGAAUAUCUAGGGGCAUGCUGAAGACUUGGAUAAGCCCUAAGUAAGGCUGAUAUUUGGGGUAUACCUUUCUAAAUAAAACAAACAAAUAUGCUAUGCUAUAAGCUCAACACCAAAGAUCAGACCAGUUUGUUCCAGAGGAACAUCUUCUAUUCACUGGACAUUUUUGAAGCGCAAGAUAUA